CUGAAACGGAAACGGAAGUGCUUUCUAGGUUACAUGACGCCAAAUCUAAGACGAACUACCACUGGAUCUAUAUUCUUCCUUGUUGUUUGGGCUAAUGCACUGAUGGAAGAUGGCAGACCAAAAUGAUAGUGAUUCAGACUGGGACAGUACUCUAGACUUUACUUCUCCAAGACAACCUGGUAUAUCUCAACCACCAAGGAUUGACAUUGAAAUUGAAGAUGAAGAUUUUAGCAGACAGGAUUCCAGGGCUGAUCCAAAACCUAUGCCUGCAGAAAGAUAUUCAGUGGCUUUAAACAACAAGAAAAAUUCUGAAGAUAAGAAAAGGCAGAGAGAUGAUAGUCAAGUACCAGAAAUAAAAGAACCUCCUCUGUAUGCAACAGUACAGAAAGAUUCUCGUGGUAAAGUUGUGGAAACCAAAACCAAUGAUAGUCCUCCAUACAACUUUAGACAGGCAAUGACAGGUCCGAUUACACCUGAUGGUCAGAGGGAACCAGCCAGACCUGGGAAGGACAGGAAAGGAAACCUCUAUGAUGUAGCAAGGAGUGAUGGGAAUGAACACCAAAGAAAAGCUACAGUCACAAAAGAAGAAAGCUUCAGAAGUGUGAAUUCCUGGGAUUCAGAUGCUGAUGAAAAGACCCUACAGGAAUUAAGGCAAAAUUUUACUGUUGAGAAACAGAGAGAACAAGAAGCUGAAUCACUUAAACUUCAACUACAGCAACAAGAUCCAUUAUACGAUGACCCAAUGGCUACUAACAGAUCUGAACCUACUUGGAAGAGUUUGACCAGUGGUUUUGGUGAAAAGAUUGCCAGACUUUCAGGAAGAGGCAAAACAUCAAAAAAUAUAAACAGAAAUCAAAAUGAUGUACCUCAGCAGACAAGACAACGACAAGAGCAACGACCCCAGCAACCAACGCCUAGUGACUUAAGACCUGUAACAACGAAGGCAACACAGGAUAUCUUCCGUGCUUCAGGGUUGGCAGAUAAAGAUGAAGUGCCAGAAACCACAGAGGAUGAUUCAAAAAUGUUCCAGUCAUAUGCUUCUCCCAUCUUCCCACCUUAUGUGACAAAAGAAGAUGAAGGAGCAUGGACCUAUUAUUUUGGCCAUAGUAACAACUUACAACAGUAUGAAGUAGAAGAUGAAGCUGAACAGGCAUUCAUGCCAAAGAUUGCUGAAAAAUUUGAAAGAAUUCUGACAAGAGUUUAUCAAGAAUUUUUUGGAGUUAUCAGAAUAAUCACCAGUAUAGCAAUAAUAUUUCUUGUGGAGACUCUAAACUAUGUGUUGAAGUAUGUUUUACAACCACUAGUGGUAGGAGUCCUUGGAACAAUUGGAGAAUUUUUCUUUAAACCUUUGCUUUCUAUAUUUUUCAAUGGAUUUGUUCAGCCAUUUGGAAUUUUCCUGUGGAAUGCAGCUGUUAGCUUUAGACAUAUGUUUGGACCCCUUGGAGAUAUCCUGCGGAGAGUACUGAAAGAAGUAGCGAUGUGCUGUAAAUCAUUUAAACCUUGUGAGGUACACUGGAAAACAGGACACGAAACAAAAUCUGACAUUCAAAAUGUCUGAUCAAAAUAAUGAAUAUAUACAUGAUAUAUGAAGCAGCAGUUCUAUUCUAGCAAAUUUAAGAAAAAUAAAAAAAAUAAGUAGAAAUAUCUUUUAUCAGCAAUUAUUUGAUAUUAUGAUACAAGAAUAUUUCGAUCUGUUAGCAAUUAUUUUAAAGCAGUUUUGUGUUAACCAUGUUUACAAUUGGAUGUUUUAUCAUUAGAUUUCCUUUUAAUUCCUGGAAGUUAUCUUUUAUCAUAUAUAAAUAAAUCAUGGUUUACUUUGCAAAUACAAAAUUUUGUUUUAUGAAUUUUUUUAUUAUAAAAUUCUCAUUUCAAUUUGUUAUUUUCAGAUUCAAGUUAAAAUCAACAAAAGAGUUAUAUAUGAAUAUAAAAUUCAUCAUCCUCAUUAUUACAUAAUAUAUUUUUUAAGUUUGCAAUAAUUUUAAGAAUGUCUUGGCUACAUACUUAUGUCGCCUUGAAAUUGCUGAUUGUUGUCAUGAAGUAAGUGUUGUGAAUUUGUUUUACUGUAAUGACAUCAGUCUUGUUAUAAGUACUGUGACAGUUUGCAAACUGUUGUGAUAAACAUACAGUAAUCUUUAGUUUUCAUUAAUGUAGAAUUAUUAUUUAUGUAUUGCAAACCAUUUUUGGAAGGAAUUAGAUGAAACAAACAUGUGAAACUCCAAAUUUUAAAAUAUGUUGAAUGUGAAAUAAUCUCUGUCAUGAACAUUGCACGAAAAAUAAAGACUUUGAUGUGAACCUUUUGUGACUGAUUCACUGUCUUCCUGUAGAUAUAAACUCUCUGUUUUACUUGAUAUUCCCAAUUUAGUACACACAUUUAUGAUAUAAAUGGUUCACAGCUUUUAAAAAAGUAUAUAACAAUCUCCUUAACUUUUAAAUGGUGUUUGAAUUUUUUGGAAAAAUACGGAGCACACAAAAUAAGCAUUUUAAAAUCACAAUGCACCUAAAAUUAAAUAAGCAGAACAGGCUGAUCGAGACACCUGUUUUGCACGACUGAAUGUCAAAUAAAAAUGUAAAAACAAGUUGAACGUGCAAUAGAAAACGGUGAUCACGUUUCACGAAAACAACCCUUUACCACCUCUUUGUAAAAAGGAUAUAUAAUAAUAUUAUUAAUUCGUAUAUUUUAAUUAAUUUGAUUCGUUCAGGGAUAGUCACAUGUUAAACUAUAUUUUCGAAGGUAAAGGGAAAACGGCAGAUAGCAAAAAGCAUAUUGCACAGCAAAAAGCAUAUUGCAUGGUUAUUUUUAGAAUAUCUAAAAACCGAUAUACUUUGUGACGUCAUGUAAUGAAUUUCAUGAUAUUGUUAAAAGUUUUAUUUAAAAAUAUCUAUGAUCGAUUAUUUGAAGAAAAAAAAUCUUCAAAUAAAUAACAUGUAAAAAAAAAUAUCAAAAAAGUAAAUGAAAUAACAACUAAUCUGUUGUUAUUGUCUAGGAGACAAUAUGAUAUCUAUAAAAUUACAACAAAAUCAAAUGACGAUUUUGAUACAAAUAUGGUCGGAAAUUAAUAAUAUAAUAAUUAUAGCCUAUUUAUGAGGUCAAUACAGGAUAUAUCGACCCAAAGAAGUAUAUCGACCUCGGACUUCGUCCUCAGUCAAUAUACUUCUUUCAGGUCAAUAUAUCCUUGUAUCGACCUCCUACAAAGGCUAUAAUUGUAUAAUAUUCAGUCAGUAUUCGUAGAAGAUGGUGGAAAGGAAUGUCAGAAGUUGACUUUAAAGAACUUAAGACUUUGGCAGUGACAGAUAUUUGUGGCAUAGAAAUCUGAUUAUUUGGAUCAGUAACAUUGAAACACACAUUCAUACAGAAUAUCAUUCAUUUAUUGCUUUAUAAUGUCUAAUGUUUAGACAAAUCAACUUUUUUAUUAUGAUAAUGUUUUUUUCUUAAAGAAAAAUAUUGUGAACAAACAAUUAAAAAAGUAAAGCCAAUAAAUGAUAAGUAUAUUUUUGUCAACAGUUCAAAGUUAAUCAUGUUAAUAUUUUGUUAAAAUUUAAUAAAAAUUAAACAACCCAAAUCUCUUUUACUCAAAGUGUUGGGUACCCCCUUUAAAGACAAAUCUCAUUUCAGCUUACUUCAUUAUUGUUAGUUUUAACUGCAAUGUAAAAAUUAUACAAAUGCAAUGAUUAUUUUAUUUUAAAUAUUUUUCCUAUUUUGCAUGACUUAUUGUGAUAAUGUAAAUACUGUUGACUUUUUACAAUUUACUAUGGUUUUUAUAUUUGUUAUAUUAAUAUAACUGAUUUUUGUUUUAGAAAUCAAAAGUGUUAAUUAUUUUUAAGAAUAUAAUCAAAUUAUAUGUUUAUUUUUUUUUAUUUAUUUCACAGAUUUUAUUCAUUUUACAAUACAUUUAUAUAUGAGCACAAUAUUUUGUGAUAAAAUAAUUUGUUAUAGUGAAUUAGUAAGUGUUUAAAUGAAUAUAGAUUUGCGUGGUCUAGUUAGUGCAUUUAACCUUAAAUCAGACUGGUAAAUAGUGUGGUUUUAUUAUUAUAUUCAUGGGGUACUAAUUUUUGAGGAUUUUAGGGUAUAUGUGAACCACAAAUUUAAAUAUUUAAAAAAAAUACAAAUUUCCUAUAGGCUUGUUUACAAAAAAAUCAUGUGAAUACAUUUUUCUGGAAUCCAGAAAUUUAAACCCCAAAAUAAUAAAUGAAUCCACAGUAGUUUAAAUACUUUAGGUCAGUUAAUAUUUAUUAUUUAAUUCAAUGGUAUAAUAUAAAAAUUAAUGAGUAUGGCAGACAAUUAUCAUAAACUUUAUCUCUGCAUUGCAUAGAGUUUAAUAUAUUCUCAAAUAUAUUACUACAUUUACAGUGGCUUUUAAUUCAUAAGAAACAUUCACCCAUCUCCACCCAUUGCUCUUUAGUCCUUAACUGGUUGAAACAAUAUGUUAAUUAAACAGGAGAGGUGUUUAUUAUUAUAUUGAUCUAUGUGAAAGUAUUUGUUAAUUUAAUAACUGUAACAUUAUUAAUUUGAUCGAUUUUCUCAUUAGCUAGAAAAUUCCAUUAUUUGCUGUGAAUAGUAUUUGGCAGAUAAUUAUUUAUUAUUUAGUUACAUGUUCAAGAUGACCUUCAUGAGUUAUUUUAUACUCAGAUAAGUUCUAUCGUAACUGCAACAUUAUGUUGCUUUCAUGCACCUGUUAAUGACUUUUUCACAAGAAAAUAUUAUCUUCUUCAAAUUUUUUCUGCAAAUAAUAAUUUUUUUAUGUAUUCAAAACAUAUUCAGUUUUUUUUUGUUUUUUUACACAUAUUGCAUAUAUUAUCAGUGUUUUGUGGCAGGUAUUUACAAAUUUAGUUGUACUUAAUCCAUAGUCAAAUACAUGAUUUUAAAAUCAAUAUUCAAUUAAAUAGUAAUCAUUAUAUCCACAAUGCUGAAAGUCUUGUUAUUUUUUUAUUAUUAAUUUAUUCUAAAUGAGUACAUCAAUAUCUUAUUGACUGAAUUUUUAUAUUUACUGUAUUUUCCUAUUGCAAUGAAUAGCAUAAUACACAUACAUCUAUGCUUUGUUUUAGUUUGUUGAAAUUCAUCAAUUCACCAAAACAACUUUGUCUGCAAAAACCAUUCAUCUUUUGAUCAGUUGUUGUCCAAGUCUUCAGUACUUUCAGAAAGAAGUAAUAGCUUGUAAGAAAUGAUUAAUUGUUUAAGCCAAAAAUCAAUAAAAUGGCUUGAUUCAGGUAACUUUACCUUACAUUUUGUUUAGAUUCAUGGGUCAACUUUUUAGUUUUCUAAUUGUUUAUUAAACCAUUGAGAAGAUUAUUUUUAUGCAGGCCAAUAUAAGUACAAUAUGAAAACAAAAGUGAAAGGAGACUUCUUUUACAUUUAUAAAAUCCGUCCACACAGCAUAUUUGUACUUUUAUUUUAAAGGAAAAAACAGUAUAUACACCAAUUUUAGAUAUUUUUGUAAUGGAUUCGUGAAGUACAAUUGUUCUAUGUUUACAGAUAGGUACUUAAUACUUUAUUUAAAUAUUUACUUAUCAAAAGUCUUUUGGUAAACACAUUUGAAAGUACACAAUGUUUUAUCUGAUCUAAUAUAAAGUGAUGGAAUUUUAAUAAAAAAAUAAUUACAUAACAGAUCUAGAGUAGAGUGAGUUAUCUGGAGGACAAAAACAUUAUAUUCUCAUCGCAAUAUCCAUUCUUUAUCAAAACCCUUAGACCUGAAACCAUUCAUUAGCUCCAUAGUAAUCAUAUUAACUAAAAUCUAUAUAACAUGGGAAAUUGUAGUAUUGAGAAAAGACUGACCAUAAAAUAUUUUUGCAUCUUAACCUGUUAGCAUAAUGAGACUUAGGUUAAAUAAGGUAUCAUUCGAAAAACCAUACAUUUGAUUCCUUUGAAAAUACCUUAUCUGGCCCUGAAAAUAACAUUUUGCUCAGAUUUCUAUCAGAUAUUUCCCAAUUCAUCUGUUGAUAUCUUUUCUGGCCAUAAAAAUUACAUAUUGCUCAGAUUUCUAUCAGAUAUUUCCUGAUUCAUCUGUAGAUACAUUUUCUGGCCAUGAAAAGUACAUUUUUCUCAGAUUUCUAUCAGAUAUUUCCCGAUUCUUCUGUAGAUACUUUUUCUGGACAUGAAAAUAACAUUUUACUCAGAUUUCUGUCAGAUAUUUCCUGAUUUGUCUGUAAUUACCUUAUCUGGACCUGAAAAUUACAUAUUGCUCAGAUUUCUAUCAAAUAUUUCCUGUCUCUAAUCAAUCAAAUAUAUGAGAUCUUGUGAUCAGAGUAUUUGCAUUUAUUUUUUUAGUUUAUUUUUAUGUCCCACUUGGGGGCAUUAUGUUUUUCCGUAUGUGCGUCCGUCGGUUCGUCCGUCUGUCCCGCUUCAGGUUAAAGUUUUUGGUCAAGGUAGUUUUUGAUGAAGUUGAAGUCCAAUCAACUUGAAACUUAGUUCUAAUGUUCCCUAUGAUAUGAUCUUUCUAAUUUUGAUGCCAAAUUAAAGUUUUGACCCCAAUUUCACGGUCCACUAAACAUAGAAAAUGACAGUGCGUGUGGGGCAUCCGUGUACUAUGGACACAUUCUUGUUUUAUAUUAUAAAGUAUGACAGUGCAAAAUAUAUUAUUUAUGAAUUAUUACAUUAUAUAUCACAUAAGUUUGAUUUACAGAAUGAUUUAUGUUAAUUUUUCAGUCUGUUUAUAAAUAAAAAUGAAUAUAAAUAUA